AUUUAUUACAGAGAUUGACUUGUUAAUGAAUGGUAAAGAUAAUAUUUUUAAUUCUUUUAUCGAAGAGACUAGUGAAGAAAUAAAGAAAAUUAUACAAGAGUUGAGGAGGAAAAGAAUAAACGGAGUAAGUUUAGGAAACUUGAACAUUUUUUUUAAUGAAGACGAAAAGAUGAAGAAAGAAAAAAGCGGACGUGGAGAGGUGAAGGACGAUCGUCAACAGGAAUUAGCAUAAUUAAAUCGUGAAAUUCUCGGUGACCGUGAAUUAAUCGCAAAUAGAAUCGGUUCUUAACGGAGAAAAAGAGACAAUAAACAAGGAAAGAAAAAAGACAAGAUAAACGGAAAAAAAUUUGUCGAUGAAAGAUCCUCGAUAAGAUGUCAAAUUUCUAUCGAUCGUCUUGAUCGAAAUAAGUGUAAUUAGUUUUAAGAAAAGAUAGAAAAAAAAUCCGGUAAAGAAGAUUGAAGAAAAAUAAAGAAAAAGAAGUAGAAACGUUGAAGAGUGGUGAACAACUGAGAGAUUAAGUGACGUGGAUGAAUAAUCAAGGAAUUAAAAACAUGAACGCGCGUUUGCACGAGGUGACAGCAGAAAGAGAAAGAGAAGAAAGUGAGACGAGGGAGGAGGGUGGAAACAUCAUUCUUGACGACGGUCGGUGCUCUCAACAGCGAGGUCGUUGCUCUGAUCUUCCCAACGACUGGAUCGGCAAGAUAUCGGGUUACACUGGUGCCGAUGCGCAUCACAUGGCGGGAGGAAACGUGAUUGAUUUCCCGUCGCGCGAAUUGCUGAAACCACCACCGCUGCCGCCGCCGUCGUCUUAUGGUCCAGCGAUCGCGUUUAACAACGUCUUACCCUCUCCCAGUAUUACGUCACACGUUGAUGGUAGUGCUGGAUCACGAGCUUGCGAUAUCGAGACGGCAUCUUGCUCCACGAUGAGAUUUCCUUAUGCGCCUGGUGCGACUUGCGACGUGGCGUGCAGUAAUGCACCAGCGACGACGUGCAAUGUCGCUCGAGCGAGUGCCGACUGCGACGGUCCGCAGACAACGUGGUUCCGCAACGAGGCUCACUUGGCCGAGCCACAGUCGGGGGUUUGCACGGCGAGCACGACGACGACCUCGAGAAUUUGCCAGCUGGGCCCAAUCGACGUCGAGGAUCUCGCAAUGUACUUCGAUUCACCGACGGACGGCAGCAAGCCACCACCCUCGUUCGGUAAUCGAGCGAUCUAUUCGAAGAAAUCGCGAUACGGACAGGUCGCGAGGAUGGAUCAGUCUCAGGAGCAUCACCACCGCGAUCUGAAUUUCCGCGAUCUACCUUCUUGCGAUUUGCGCUUAGUCGAUCUAACACCUAGCGAUCUAACAUCUAGCGAUCUAGCGCCCAAUAAUCUACAAGCUUGCGAUAUGGGACCGAGUACACUGGGAUAUUGCGACCUGGGGAACAACGAUCUACGGUUUCGUAAUUCCGGUUACGACGGUCCGCCGUUUUGUGAUCCAAGACUUGGCGAUCCGCGAUUUUGCGCUGCGAGGCUGUCCGAGGAGCAGCCCCGUGAACCAGGGCGACACGAUCCGGGACUGGGUAAUUGGUUCUGCAACGACUGCCCGGAACUGUUCAAUUUCUGCAGCGAGGAACGGUGGCUGCAGUGCCCGGCGAGCGACCGCUGUCCCCUUUAUGACACCUCGUAUGCUUACGACGUGCCUGUUUUACCGCCAUGUAUGUACGAGAAUGGUUACAACGAUAAUUGGCAUUACGACAAUACGGAGGACGAACAACUCCUCGAGAAUUACUUGAGCAACGAGAAGAGGAAGGAAAGGUCUCGCGAUGCAGCGCGCUGCAGACGUAGCAGAGAAACCGAUAUCUUCACUGAACUCGCGGCUGCUCUUCCGGUCGCGCCGGAACAAGCAGCGCUCUUAGAUAAGGCCAGCGUAAUGAGGUUGGCGAUUGCCUACCUCAAAGUCCGAGCCGUCGUGGAUUCCAUUCCAGUUACGCUGACAAAAUCCGAAUCGUCCGCAAAGAUGGAUGAAUUAUUUCCAAAAGCUCUCAACGGCUUUAUGUUAGUACUCUCCAGUGACGGCAACAUGGUCUACCUUUCAGAGAAUGUCAGAGACUAUCUCGGAGUGUCACAAAUGGAUAUGAUGGGACAAAGUGUAUACGAAUACAGUCAUCCCUGCGACCAUGAUGAAUUGCGUGAGUGCCUGUCUUCGAAGUCGGCGGAUAACAAUGAGAAACGUACCUGCAACUUCUUCUUGCGACUCAAAUGUACUCUCACUAGCAAAGGCAGGAAGGUCAAUCUGAAGAGUGCUUCUUACAAGGUAAUUCACUGCACUGGCAGAUUGACAAACAUCCGCGACUCAAACUCGAACUCUAUGGAAGUUGAUAAUGAAGAGCGACGCAAAGAGGAUGAGGACGUGGGACAAGACACAGGCACUUCUCUAGUGCUCGUAGGUAGUCCUAUACCUCAUCCUAGUAAUAUUGAGAUACCUUUGGGACGCCAUACCUUUUUGUCGAAGCACAAUCUCAGCAUGAAAUUUACCUACGCUGAUGAAAAAUUAGCCGAAUACUUGGGCUGGAGCAGUGAGGAGUUGAUGGGUCGAUCAGUCUUUGAGUUUUAUCAUGCACUCGACAAUCUUACGCUGGACAAAUGUUUCAAAUGCCUGUUCAGCAAGGGCCAGUGCGAGACCGUAGCGUACAGAUUCCUUGGCAAGCGAGGCGGUUACGCCUGGGUUAUUACCCAGGCCACCCUCAUCCACUGCUCCAAACAGCAAAAGCCGAUCUCUGUCGUCUGUGUCAACUACAUCCUAAGUGGGAUCGAGCACGAGGAUGAGGUAUACAGCGUGCGCCAGCUGGCCGCGCGUGAUAACGACGCCAAUUUGGUGAAGAUAGAGAAACCGUUGCCGGUCUUGGUGCCGACCGGUAGUAGCGCUGUAUUGACGACGGAUUCGAGCCAGGUAUCGCUGAACGACGAGGAGAAGAUUCCCGUGGAGGAAUCGACCGUCGACGACGAGUCCAGGAGCGACGAUCGACCGUUCGCCGUCACCGCGUCGAUCUUCCGUUCAAUCGACGAAAAGGGCGGCUGCAAAGACGAUUCGCAGAAGGACGGUGCCUUGCCGAAACACGCCCGGAAAGAAAAGGCAUUCGUUUUCCUCGAGAAGGCCCUCAAAGAGUCUCUCGAGGAGUCGAUUAAGGAGAACGACGUGCCGGCAACGGUGAACCGACAGUCCUUCGCUAAGAAAACGCCCUUUAUAUUACAGGAUAAACCGACGGUGGUGAACGAUUCAUCAGACAGUGCUGAACACCUUGACCGUCCGCAGUCAGUCACGAGACAUCUGUUCGCACCGCUCGCGACCGCCGUGCAACAACAGGAACAACAGCAACAACAGGAACAGGAACAGUCACAAUUAUCCUGUCGUCCGCAAACGGCCACAGCGAGCAUUUUCGCGCCUCGUACCGAGGAUAUGAAUAAAGGCUUUUUGACUUUCAGCGAGGAUCAGCCGGGUCUCACCAUGUUGAAAGACGAGCCGGAAGACUUGACACAUCUCGCACCUACGGCCGGUGACGUGUGCGUACCUUUGGAGGACACUCCCUUCUUGUCAGAUAUGCUGGAUGAGUUUAUCUUCGGCAACGACAACUAUGGCUGUCCUCUAUUGAGCCCGGGAGACACUCUGACACCGGAGUUACGUUCCGCAGAUCUCUCGGGAUCCCUCAAAGAUGCAGAUCUCGUGGACACUACUACUAGAGCCAAGAAUGCGGUCGAUCGUUUAGCCGAUAGUGAUCCCUUCAUGUACGGCGACUCGCCCGGAAGUCCCUGUGGCAUCGAUCCGAGUACUGUGUCGCCGUCCCUCUCGAAGUACCGACAAAGUCCUGAGCGCAGCGUGGACUCAUUAGGUAGUCCUACAGGAGGUAGCGGCGGCGAUGGACUCUCCGAAGAUGAGAUGCUUAUGUUAGGUAUCAGCGAUAGUAUAGGGGAUGAAGAAUUAGCGCUCAGAGCACCCUAUAUUCCGAUGUCGGACCAGGACGAGGCGUUAGAGUUCCUCAUUAAUGAUAACAUGGUAAUGUGGAGCUCGUCGCAAUCUGCUGACAAAGGAUCCUCGAAAUGGUUACUCGACGAUCGAGAGCAACGUAAUUCCGAAUCCAGUCUGGCACAAUUACUACGAACUGAUCAAGCAGUAUCGCGGCGAUACAAUGAUCACGGCGGAGGUUUGCUAAAUUCAACGCAGAUAUUGGGACAAACACCUAGAAAAAACAUGCUUUUCGAAUCCGAUCGAUGGUCCUCUAAUCAGGAACGUCCCAAUAAACGCAUUCACUCCGGACUUAAUACGGACUCUGAAAACGAAUAUAAGCGUCUUAAGUGCGAGAACUCGUCAUUUGAGCGUAUAAAUCUUGAAGAUACUUUGGUGACGAAGCAACAGCGGCAGUCGACAACGCUUCACAAGAAGUCACCGCCGACUCUCGGUAACACCUGUGGCAGCCAGCUUCUGCGUCGCCUCGUCUCGUCACAGAUGCCAAGUAUCGUAUCACAGGUGGCAACUUUGCCUGACAGUAACGGCCAUAUUCGCAGUGAUAACGAACGUCAUCGCGAGGACUUUUCGAAGCAGCGUGAUAGCGACCUUGAUGAUAUCAUCGAUUUUGUUGAAUCGGAAGGUGAUCGCGGUGGGGGAGGAGGCGGAGGCGAAAAUCACGGCGGUAUCGGUGAUGGCCUAGACAAGAUCGAUGCAACAAGUCGGAGAAGGAAUCCUUCCUGCGCCACUGGCGGCAGCAGUGUGCUAAUGAAUCUCCUGGUUUCCGGCUGCGACGAUCCUUUGAUGAGUUCUUGUGAUAUGUCAACUGUGUUAUCAAGUAACCUGACUCCGUUAUCCAUCAAUGUGGAUAAUCAGGUAGUUCCACACUGUACGAACACAGAUGUCAUAUCUUUGCCCGAUCAUCUCAGUCCGGACACCAGGAAGCAUUUAAUCGGGCCCUUUACCAGCGGUAGCGGAGACAGAGGUACUCCUAUAGUCUCGCCCACGACGUCCGCGAUGGCAUCUUUCGAUAGCUUUGACUGGAUCCGCGAUGGAUCCACGGGCCUGCUUCAAGUGGGAUCAGAUCUACUCGGGGGACUGCUGGAUCGAAAUCUAGUGUGAUCCAGUGCGAUGGGAUUUACGCAGACCUGCCAAAAAAUCGAUCAGAGAAAUUAGAAGCUGGAUUUGUUCAAUAUUCGCUUUUUCGUAACAAGUCUCAGAAAUUUUUUUUCUUUUUCACUCUUUUUUGUAACACGAUCCGAGUUGUUACUUAUUGUAAUCAAAUUAUAAUUAAAUUAUUAUUUUUAAUUUGUUCAACGUCACUCGAUUUCAGAGUUUGUGCAAUAUACUAAAUAAAGAGCGGAAAAAAGAAUUACAGUGCAAUCGAAACGUUACGCACAAAGAGAUUUUAUACGAAUCUUGCUUCUAAUUUCUGCGUGUAAAUAGUCGGUUAAUUCCCGGUGCUUUUUAAUAAUUCGCUAAGCAUUCGAAAAUCUCAGAAAUGCGAUAAAUGCAGUACAGUUUAUAUUAAAUGUUCAAAAGAACAUUCGAUUAAUAUAAGAGUGAUGCGACUCGAGAAGAAUUAAAUCCAGAUUAAUUGAUAUUUUUAAUUAAUAUUUGAUCUUUUUAUGAUGAUUUCUUUAAAUACUUUACAGUAACAAUCGAUUCACGCCACUUCAACGUUUAAUCGAUACUUUUUUACACAGUUUUUUGAAAUUUGUGUGUGAACGUUUGUGACAAUCAAGUGUGUCAACACGUUUCCACGAAUUAACAAAA